AUGGCAAGCCUUAUUAAGUCUCAAAUUAUCAAGAAUUUGGCCAGGUAUACCAAGAAUCUCUCCGCUGACAAUGUCAAUCUCAGCUUAUUUAAAGGUGAAGGCGAAUUCUUAAAUCUACAGCUGGAUGAAAAUGUCCUCCAUUCAGUCCUACAUAUGCCUCAAUGGCUGCGCAUCGAGAAAGUAACUUGCAAUCGAGUAUCAUGGAAGAUACCUUGGACCAAGCUUAAAACUGAAGCUAUUGCCAUUAAAUUUGAUGCAAUCUACGUGGAAAUCAGUGCUAUUGGACCAAAUGAUAAACCAAAUAGUAGUGUCCAGUUAGCCAAUACAACAUCAACGAAAUAUGGCUUUAUCGACAAAGUUAUCGAUAGUAUAUGUUUUAGUAUCAAUUCUGUCGACAUUAAAUUUGGAUCACCUGGAUUUCAAGCACUUUUACAUGCCUCAAGAAUUCAAUUAAGGAGUACCAAUCCAUUGUGGCAGGUUGCCGAUCUAAGAUCAACACGGAUUGUACAUGAUAAGAGCGAUCAAGUAAUAUUUUUUAAGGAAGUUUUGCUAUCUGCUAUAAAGCUAGAAGCAUCGGUUACUGCUGGCUGUGAAGAUAAACCUACUCCAUUACGAUUAAUUACCAGCCAUUCUAGUCUGAAGAUUACUGUGAAAAAGAGAAUAAGCGAUUCUGGAAUUAUUUGUGGUAAAUUAGAACUUGUUCUUGAUGAUAUAUUGUGGGUUUUGAGUGAGAAACAAUUGAAAGCUUCUGUCGCCUUUGUUAAAUCUGUUGUGGAUAUUAUGCGCCAAUCUCAUGAACACACUAGAAAUACUACGAAAGAUGAUAAGCAAACUACUGGGUCUACAAAUUCUGAAAAGAAUCCCAUGAAAUACGAUCUGGAAACCCCAUACGCCCAAAGCCCUGUCAAUAUGAGCGAUAAACCGAUCGAUCGGCUAUUUUGGCGUUAUAAUGUUUUAGAGACAUCGUUUCAUAUUGUCACUUCCAGGAUAGACUUUCACUUUUGUGGAGGUUUACAAAGUAGGAGAGAUAGUAGCACGAUGCAGGUAUUACUUGAUAGAUUAUCAUUGGAUUACUAUCCUGAACAUAUCGCUGGAGCAACAAGGCAACAUUGGCAAAAACAUGAUAAUAUAAGUUUGUCGCGAAGUACAUGGAGUCAUCAGCUACUAACAUCAUUUUUUGACAAUAACCCUCAUCUUAAUGGAUACAAAAAAUUUUUAUUCGAGGGUGCUUUGCUCAUGAGGUAA